AGGGGUGUUUUUUUCCCCCAAUCCUCCUCCUUUCUUUCUAUUUGGAGCCUGUCCAUUCAGCCCUUCCUUUCUAUUUGGAGCCUGCUCUGGAACCCCAAGGAGGAUUUUUUUUUAAAAUAUAGAAAAAAAGAGAGGAAGAGAAAGACGCCUUUUUAAAAUAUAUAUAUCAACGCCGGCGUGGAAGUUGGAAAUACUCUAUUCGCCUUAAUAUUAUUUCUUUGCUGUUUUUGCUGCUGCAGAAUUGGGGAGGAGGAGGGAGAGAGGCAAGAGGGGGAAAGAAAGGCCUUUUUUUCCCCUUCCUUUUUUUCUUUUUUGAUCCCUUUUGUCGCCUUGGGUGGCUGCCAGACUCUUGCCUCUCCUCUGCCCCCCAUUUUGAGUAUCUAUAUUGAGAUAUAUAUAUCGAAAUUGAGGAUUGAUCCGCAUUGCGAGGCAUUGGAGGGGAGAAAGCAGGAGGAGGAGGCCCGGCUUGAGCAGUAGCCGCAAAGUCAUUGCUUGCUCCCUCCUUUUUUCCCCCCUUCCUUCCUUCCUCCUUUCCUUUCCCUUCCCCCUUUCCAUGUCUCUGGGCAGGGAGUGAGUAAAAGGCCGAAAUAAAGAGGGGGGGAAGGAGAGAGAGAGGCUUCCCCCUCCCUCCCUCUUUCCUUCCUUCCUUCCUUCCUUGGCGGCGUCCACAUACAGCCUGCUCUCUCUGUCUCUCUGUCUCUCUCUCUUCCUGCUUUCUUUCCCCCUUCUUCCCCUCCUUCCCUUUCCUCCCCCCUUCCCCUUAAACCUCCACCUCCCCUCCCUCCCCAAAAUGGGCUGCUUGGGGAACAGCAAGACGGAGGAUCAGCGCAACGAGGAGAAGGCGCAGCGGGAGGCCAACAAGAAGAUCGAGAAGCAGCUGCAGAAGGACAAGCAAGUCUACCGGGCCACGCACAGGCUCCUCUUGCUGGGUGCUGGUGAAUCUGGUAAAAGCACAAUUGUCAAACAAAUGAGAAUCUUGCAUGUGAAUGGAUUUAAUGCAGAGGAGAAGAAAAUGAAAAUUCAGGAUAUUAAAAACAAUAUUAAGGAAGCUAUAGAGACAAUAGUCACAGCAAUGGGAAAUCUGGCACCUCCAGUUGAGCUAGCUAAUCCAGAGAACCAGUUCCGAAUUGAUUAUAUAUUAAACCUAGCAAGUCAAAUAGAUUUCGACUUCCCAACGGAGUUCUAUGAACAUACAAAAACACUUUGGCAAGAUGAAGGUGUGAAAGCUUGCUAUGAGAGAUCUAAUGAGUAUCAGUUGAUCGAUUGUGCGCAGUAUUUUCUAGACAAGAUUGACAUAGUCAAGCAAAAUGACUAUACACCAUCUGACCAGGAUCUUCUCAGAUGCAGAGUUCUGACAUCAGGAAUAUUUGAAACCAAGUUUCAAGUGGACAAAGUAAAUUUCCAUAUGUUUGAUGUUGGUGGGCAAAGAGAUGAACGCCGAAAAUGGAUCCAGUGUUUUAAUGAUGUGACUGCUAUUAUAUUUGUGGUGGCCAGCAGUAGCUACAACAUGGUUAUACGAGAAGACAAUCAGACCAACCGGCUUCAAGAAGCAUUAAACCUUUUCAAGAGCAUCUGGAACAACAGGUGGCUACGGACCAUUUCAGUCAUUCUUUUCCUGAACAAACAGGAUUUGCUAGCAGAGAAAGUUUUGGCAGGGAAAUCUAAAAUCGAAGACUACUUUCCAGAAUUUGCUCGCUAUACCACACCAGAAGAUGCAGCAACACCGGAACCUGGUGAGGAUCCUAGAGUUACAAGGGCCAAGUAUUUUAUUAGAGAUGAAUUUCUUAGAAUCAGCACAGCAAGUGGAGAUGGAAGGCACUACUGCUAUCCUCACUUCACGUGUGCAGUGGAUACAGAAAACAUUCGGAGGGUUUUCAAUGACUGUCGGGACAUUAUUCAACGGAUGCACCUUCGCCAGUAUGAGUUGUUGUGAUGGAGAGCAUUUCUCUGUUUUGGACUCCUUAUUCCUUAUUAAAAAGAAAAAAAACCCUAGUCCACAUAGGGUGGAAGAGAACUAUUGCAAUCUCCCUCUGAUUUGCAUCCCUCGACCUUUUCUCCUUGCUGGACAAAUAGCAGCACUUCUAAGCUUGCUUGUUUCACCCCCUUGGAACAGUUGUAAGUGGCCUGUGCAAUGUAAGAGGCCAUUUCUGCAAUGAGGGGGUAGGUUUCUCUUAACACUGUCAUUAACAAACAAACAAAAUUAAUAACGCCCUGAAGGUGGAGUGCCUGAGAGGAUUUGGGAGUGAAAGUUAACUAUUAAAAAGCCAACGAAGGAAACGGGAGAGACAAUGUUAGGUAAUUAGCACUGCUGUGGGCGUCAAUCAUAUAUCCCAUGAUUUCAACUUUGUAUCUAUUCACUGCAUCAGACUAAAAGAAGGUGCCAAGUCACAGACCAAGUUGAAAGGACAGGAGCUUGAGUUUGGUCCUCUGCCUCUGAAUGUGACUUUUUGAGUGGAAAGACUGACAAUUCAAUUCUACAAGAAACCUAGACAGUACAAAACCAACUGCUACCUUCAGAAAGGUGUUGUUGAACCUUGGCGGUCUUAAGAUGACCGGGGAUGUUGCAAAAUGAACUGCAUUAUGGCUUGUGAUUGCAGAAAGAGUUAACCACACACUGUUUUCAGUUUGUCCACUGAUGAUCCUGUCUGCUAUAUAUAUAUAUAUUUAUAUUUAUAUAUAUAAUAUAAAUAUAUAUAUAAAAACAAAUCAUUAUCUGGACUGUAGUCCUCACACUCUACCCUUCUUUCUCUUCUCUUCCUGCCCUCCAAUUCCCUCUUCCCACCCUCUUUUCUUCCCAAUUUUUAUUUUACUGCUGGAUUAUUAUUCUUGUACAGACUGUAAAAUGUAUUAUUUUGUACAACUUUAUUGAAAAAAAUAACUUGUAGAAGAUCUUUGUGCCUUGAUUAUGGCUGUACCUGUGCAAUGAGCUAAGAUGUAAGUAUGUUUGAUUGCGCUGUACAGCUUUGUCAACCCUAUCAGCAGCAUUUGCUCAAGGUAGGGAAAAUUUAUCUGUAGUUUAGGGUUUUUUUCUGGUUUAUAAAAGAAGGAGAGAAAAAUACUGUUUAGUAUAUUAAAAAAAGUACAAAUCGUGCAAACUUAACCACUUUAAAAGUGAGGUCUACAACAAGUGACCAGAUGUUGCAGCAUCAUGCUUUUUAAUUUUUAGCUUUAACUCAUUUAAAUCUCUAUCCAAAUGCAAAACAUGGCUUGUUUCUACAUAAACCAAAUUUUGCUACAAAUUAUACAUGUUAGUCUUUGUCAUUCAUAGUCUUUUUUGUGUGCAAAAAGACAAAAAAUGGAACAAAAAAAAACAAAUAUACAGGCAUUGCACAGGCCUCAUUGGCCAUCUUCAUGCUGGGUCAGAUACCUUUCCACCUUACGAUAUUUCUAUAAUGGGCAUAAGAUCCCCAUAGUGACAACAUAUACCUUGCCUCUGGAUUUGGCCACUGAAUUUCAGUUUCAAAAUGACAUUUUAUUUCUCUUUCAAUAAAGAGAUACCUUAAAACUUUGUUUUAUAUUAACUAUAUAAGUAGCUUAAAGUGAAGAUGUGUGGAUAUUUUUCUUAAACUUGAAUAAUUUAUGCAAAUUAUAUGCUUAGAACAACAUGUGGUACAGUAAAACAAAAAGAGAGCAAAAAUCACUGUAGCAAUAAGAGCAUGUAAUUUUAGUAACUACUUCACUGCUUUAUAUUUUAUACAUAGGUGUUUUAUGUCUUUGUGAGCAUAUUACUUUUUCAUGUGUCUUCUAAACAUACAUGUACAAAUUUGUACACGGUCAAAAAUUACAGCUAUAAUAACACGUCUAGAACAGUGUUAGCCUAUAUUCCUCAAGCCACCACUUUGCCCCAUGCUGAAAAAUGAAGGGUGGGUGGGACUUAAUAUAAUAAUAAUUUUUAAAAUGCUUCUUGUGCUUUAGUGUUUGUUUUUCACAGGACAUCUCCCUUAGAGAAAGGUCCCAUUAUAGAACAUCCAAUAAUUUUUACAGAUGUGUCUUUAAGACCUGUGUGUAUUAGGGGGCAUAAGAAAGAUAAUUUUUGAAUUAAAGCUACAGUGAGAAAAUUAAUUCCCCUACAAUCAAGCAUGGACACCUUUCAGCCCUCUGGAUGUCUUGGAGUCCAACUUCCACAAUUCUUAACAGCCUACCAGCUGUUAGAAAUUGUGAGAGUUACAGUCCAAAACACCUAGAGCAGUGGUUCUCAACCUAUGGAUCCCCAGAUGUUUUGGCCUUCAACUCCCAGAAAUCCUAACAGCUGGUAAACUGGCUGGGAUUUCUGGGAGUUGUAGGCCAAAACACCUGGGGACCCACAGGUUGAGAACCACUGACCUAGAGGGCCAAGGUUUGCCCAUGCUUUAUCUGCAUGACAGCGAUGCCUCUUUCCCUACUAGAAUGGGAACUAUUGCAUCGUCCUUCACAGAGUACACACUUCAGCCCUGCUGCAUGUAAUAGUAAAGGGAAGAGCACAACAUGCUCUUCGUCCUGGUUUCUAUUGCUGUAGUUCCCAAUGGGAUCGUUGAGAGCCAAGCCAUGUCUCAGUACAAAACCCAAUGUGCCUCCUUGUUUGGGAGGAGACUUUGACCAUGUGUGCCAUUCCCUCUCACAACUAUAAAUAAGUUGCUUUGGAUCGCAGCCUCUUAUGCCUGAAGUUAAGCCGAUGUAAAUUACCAAACUACCCGUUUUAAAACGUUUAAGGAGGAACGGCCUUGUGAGCAUUUGGAACCGGUGGCAAUGUCUGACCCAGAAAUACACCUUUGCCAGUAUAUGAAUUUUAGCUAGUGCCUAUUGCGGGGGUUUCAGAGGUAAAGUCAGAGGUUUCAGAAGUAUACAUACAUAAUAAUAGUAUAAAAUGUGAGCCUUAAUUAUUGUUACAAAAGCCAAAAUCCUUUUUGAGUUUAGUGCCAAAUGUAUUUUAUUAUCUCGUAAAGCCUGGGAGGGAAGGGAUUGGGGGUGGGAUAGACGGCAGACAAACCAAACCAGAAAGCAAACUAUUGGCAAGGAAUGUAAUAUGUGAUUUGAGAAAAACAAAAAAGGUUAUCAUCUCUUAUAUAAGAGAGAGAUCUUCCUUUGGUGAAAAGAUGAAGCAAGCGUAUGUAACAAAAGUGUGUGUGUCUGUGUGUGUGUGCAAUGCAUGCGCACAUAGCACCCCAUUAAAAUUCACUUUCUAUAAAGCUUUAUCUGAAUGGAAAUGUUUGAGAUGCUUGUUAAAGUUGCUGGAAGAAGGCAGUGUUUUUAAAUGAAUUUGGGCUGCCCAUUGUAUGGGGAGAGAGUGAAAGAGAGAGAGAAGUGUGUGUGUGUGUGUGUGUGUGUCUUAUUUUCAUACUGCCUCUGUUAGUCUGUCUCUUAAGUUUAUGCAGUUUAGUGGCCUGGUAAACACAAGUCUUAUUUUUAACAACUUUUCUCUUUGUUUUGUUUUUAUUUUUAAUACAAAAAAAUCCAUAAAGCUUCAAUGCUCGCUGUUCAA